AUGCACUCUGCUCUGGGUAGAGCGUUGCAACGUUUGGAAAGCGGCACAGAUAGCAGCGGUUCCAGAGGGAGACUGGCCCGAGCGAUUAUUCAACGAGCACAAACACCUCUGGCUCUGCAGCAGGCCAGUGGAAACAGCGUUUGGACGAGCCCCAAGAGAGGCGUGUCUCGGUUCACGGAAACGCUGACCUCUCAGUUGGUCCCCCGGCGACCUGAAACACCUUUGAAUCCUCAGCAGGUGAGCGGAAACAUCUCUUGGCCGAGAACCAAACAUAGCGAGUACCGCUCUGAGGAGACACACGCAGUGGCUACGACUCGUGUGCUGCGUGGCUUACCCACCCGAGUCGUUCCGUUCAUUUCAAGCGUUUCACUACGAAACGCACAGCACCAGCACCACCGCCAGCACCAGCAGCAGCAUCAGCAGCGGCAGGUGCUGUCGCUACCGAAGCAAACGCCACGAGUCGUGGCGUGGGUCUUCCGUGAUACCGCUUUUAGCAUACCAGUUCAUCGCGAGACGCAUACGACGCAGUGCUGCUUCCUCAUACCGGGGUUCCGCAACUUGUCUCUCCACAAUCUUCCACGAAAGCGUCUCCUGUGUAGUUCCAUAGCAACCAGAAGCGCUCAUCGGUUCCGGAAGACCUGGUUGCAACUGCGGUGUCUCGCUGCGUUCGAAAACCAAACCCGCCCAAUGCAACGUGUUUCAGGAACUGAACGGAACUUGAACCGUCCGUUGCUCGUGCAGAUCGAGCUCAGUUCUAUUGAACAACAAAUCUUCUCUCUGCUGCUCGAAGUGAAUACAUCCUAUCGCCUUGGCUGCACGCUGCGAGUCGCCGGAGGCUGGGUUCGCGACAAGUUGCUCGGUAUCUGCGCAGACCAGAUAGACCUUGAUAUCGCACUCGACAACAUGCUCGGAAGGGAGUUUGCAGAGCGCGUAGACGCUUUCCUCGCUGAGCGCGGUCAGAAGCAAGGGUCCGUUCACGUGAUCCGCGUGAACCCUGCGCAAAGCAAGCACCUAGAGACUGCCCGUAUGCGUCUCUUUGAUCACUGGAUCGACUUUGUGAACCUGCGGAAGGAAUCGUAUGCUGCCGACUCGCGUAUUCCCUCGAUGGCGAUCGGCACCCCCGAGGAGGACGCCUUUCGCAGGGACCUCACGAUCAAUACCCUCUUCUACAACAUCAACACGAAGCAGGUGGAAGACUGGACUCGGAUGGGGCUUACGGAUCUGGCUGCCGGGCUGAUCCGUACACCCCUGCCACCGUUGACGACUUUCUUGGAGGACCCUUUGCGAGCCUUGCGAGCAGUUCGCUUUGCAAGUCGAUUCGGCUUCACCGUCGUACCGGAGGUUCUGGAGGCGGCCUCUAGCCCCCGGGUUCGAGAGGCGCUCCUCAGCAAGGUGAGUCGCGAGCGUAUCGCAACGGAGCUGGAACUGAUGUUGGGAGGCCCGCAACCCGUGAUGGCACUUUCGCUGUUGUUUGACAUGGGCCUGGCAAAGUGCCUCUUUCCGCUGCCGCCGUCGAUUCCUGAAUCCGCCUAUCCCGACCGUUGGACAGAGCUUGCACUCACGCGAGUGCAGCGACUGGAGCGCUUCGGUAGCGUUUGGCUCAAGGAGGGUAUUGAACUUUGGCAGCAGGACGGAACUCGACAGAUGCUACUUCUGGGAGCCUGCCUCAGUCCCUUGUUCGAUAUCUCCUAUGUAAUCAAAAGGGAUCAACGCUGCUCUGUUGUGUUUUACAUACUGCAUGAUGCGCUGCGCGUACAACAACAGAAGAAGAAAGCGAUUCUCAGCAUGCUAUCCGCGUGCAGCAAGAUUAGGACACUCGUGCUGCAGCCGCUCGCUUGGAAUGAGCGAUCCUGUCGGGUUGAAGUAGGACUCCUGAUUCGAUCGCUUGGUUCCUGGUGGCAAGCAGCGCUGCUCCUUCAGCUGGCUUUGGACGAGCGGCUCGAUUCUGGCGCAUCAAUGGCUAGCGCAGCUGCUUCGACAGAGUCCACCGCUUCAGAGACACCCAUCGUGCAGCAGUAUCUCGUGUUUCGUGACAAGAUCAAGGAGACCGGCUUGGAUCGAGCUUGCGAGCUGCAACCACUUCUUGAUGGUCACGCAGUACGUCGUUUACUUCCUGGACUGCCCGUCGGACCUCUGCUUGGGGAAAUCAUGGAAUUCCAGAUCGAGGAGCAGCUAGCAAAUCCGGCACUGACGCCAACGGAAUGUGCAUCGCUUCUUCAGAAGCGCUAUCAAGCAUACAGGGAAAACAAGCGGAAUUGA